AUGGCUGGCAGGAGGAGCGGGCCCCUUCUGCUGGCCCUGCUCUGCGCUUUGUGUCGAGGCUGCCUUCCGUGCGGGAUUUCAACGCACGUUGAGAUAGCACAUAGAGCUCUGGAAUUUUUCAGCAAGCAUGAAGGGAAUGUUAACUAUAGACAGUUGUUACUAAACCACCAAGAUGCGUUUCAGGCUGGGAGCAUUUAUCCUGAUGCCUUUUAUCCUUCAAUCUGCAAAAAUGGAAUAUACCAUAGUGUCUCUGAAGACACUCACUGGUCACCCUUUCUCAAUGCAAGUGUUCACUAUAUCAGAAGAAAUUAUCCUCAGCCUUGGGAAAAGGCUACAGAGAAGCUGGUGGCUUUCCUGUUUGGAAUUGCCUCACAUAUGGUUGCGGAUGUCAGCUGGCAUAGCCUGGGCAUUGCACAAGGAUUCCUAGAGGCCAUGGGACAGAUUGAUUUUCAUGGUUCAUACUCAGAAGCUCACAGUGUUGGUGAUUUUGGAGGAGAUGUACUGAGUCAGUUUGAGUUGGACUUCAGCUACCUGGCGCCAAAUUGGUAUGUGCCUGUCAAAGACCUAGCAGCCAUCUACCAGGAAUUUUAUGGAAAGGAGAUCAUAACAGAAAGCACAAUUACUGACUGUACUUACCUGCUGUUUCUCGAACUGCACGGAGAAAGGCUUGCUGUUGCCAAGCUUUUUCCCACAUAUGCUAGUAAAUCUCCAUUUCUGGUGGAUAAGUUCCAUGAUUAUUUCCUCGGAGGGGUAGAUGACAUGGCGUUUUGGACAAACAAUAUUUUUGAGCAGACGAGCCUUAUGCUGGAAAAUGGAACCAGUGGCUGCUUCUUGCCUGAGAACCCUCUGUUUAUAAAAUGCACAAGUGGAGGCAAGAACAACUACAUGAAUAAGCGACCCAAAAAUGAACACUUCAAGAAUACAACUUCUUCUCUUACAGAAGCAAUUAAAAAAAAUAUAACAUACACAGAGAGAGGAGUUCACUUCAAUAUACAACCCUGGGCAACGAACUCCCUCCGCUUCCUAAACCAGGCUUUUACAACAAAUGCCUGGAGAAUGUUAGCAGCCGCACAUCAACAAUCUUCUAAGCACAUCUCCAAGCCAGCAGCAUCGUAUUUUUUGACUUCACCCUAUGCUAGACUUGGAUGGGCCGUGAUCUCAGCUGACCUAAACCAGGACGGAUGUGAAGAUGUGGUGGUUGGAGCACCAGGCUACAGCACGCUGGGCCGAGUUCAGCUAGGACGUGUCUAUGUAGUCUACGGCAGCCGGUCAGGUUUGCCUCCGAAGGACAUGGAUCUGGAUGAGAAAGCAGACCAAGUACUAGAGGGUCAGCAGCUUUCAGGCCGGUUUGGUUCUGCCUUGGCAGUUCUGGACUUCAACGAUGAUGGCGUGCCAGAUCUGGCAGUUGGAGCACCUUCUGUAGGAUCUAAAUUUCUCAUUUACAAAGGUGCUGUAUACGUGUAUUUUGGCACCCAGGGAAGAGGCUUGGGAUCUCAACCAGACGUUACCAUAAAUUGCCAGUAUUCCUACUGUAACCUUGGUUGGUCCCUCCUGGCAGCCGAUGUUGAUGGGGAUGGAAAGGCUGAUCUGGUGGUUGGCUCCCCUUACGCGCCUGGUGGCGGUCAGCAAAGAGGAUUUGUGGUUGCAUUCUACUCUUUUUUCAACAGAAGUGCCCAAGGUCUGCUUUCAGUCGAGGAUGCUGACUGGAUGGUGAAGGGGGAAAAAGACUAUUCUUGGUUUGGAUUUUCGCUGGACAGCUGUCAGCUGGAGAACUCGACGCUCCUGCUGAUCGGUAGCCCUGUGUGGAAGCGUUGUGUGGGCUGUGACCCCUUCUCCUCGGAUGGCGGGCAGAGCGUUGGGAAGGUGUAUGGCUAUAAGCCCCCAAGCACAGAACCCUGGUUUGCAGUAACGGGACGCAAGGAAAUGGGCAGAAUGGGUAUGUCCCUUGCCAGUGGUGUCGUAUCCGUAGCUGGGAUCACCAAGACCGUUUUGGUGGUGGGCGCACCUACCACAGACGGCCUUUCUAGGUUUUCCUUCAUAGCCACGGUGCUGCACCAGGCUGGGCUGGCUCUCAUGUAUGAGCUGACGGAGGGCGCCGAGCCUUCCUUGCUCAGCACUUUCAGCGGGGACAGAAGGUUUUCUCGCUUUGGGGGAGAUGUGUUCUUAAGUGAUCUGGACAACGAUGGUCUAGAUGAAAUGAUUGUGACGUCCCCGCUGCGAACUAACGAUAUCACCACAAUACUGCUUGGCGGGGCAGCAGGCCGUGUUUACAUCUACAACGGAAACCAGACGACUGCCGGGGACGUGACGGAUCAUUGCACAUCAUGGAUAUCUCCCUGUCCUGAGAAGUGGGCACAAUAUGUCCUGAUUUCUCCUGAGGAAUGGUCAAGAUUUGGAAGUUCUGUAAUUACUGUGAAAUCUGAAAGAAAGAAAGAAGUUGUAGUGGCAGCAGAGAGAAGUUCAGUGAAAGCUCGGCUUGGUGGAAGGCUCUUGGUCUACUCUCUCUAAGGGUUUGUGAUAGUUAAGACCAGGCUAAUGCUGGUCUUUUAUUGAAGAAUCUGU